AUGGGAAACGUACAAGCACAAUGUGUUCCUACAUCCGUUCAAGAUGCCAAUAAUAAUAUUCCUGGUCUAAUGAAACGUACAUGCCAACGCAUGAGUUUGAAACGCGAAAAAAUGCCAACACCUACGCAGUCAACCAAAACCCAGAAGUCGAAUAGAAAACGAAUUGUUUUGAAAGCCAUGCCAAGAUGCUCAUCAUUUGAAGAUUUGUCGUCUUUGUUGCCUUCUUCGAAAAAAGUCGAUAAUGAUCCAACUUAUUUGCUAUGGAAAAAAUCAUUCGAAUGCCCUCGAGACAAACCAGAAACAGAUAAACAGAAGCAUUUGAGACGCAUGAAGAAACGUGUUCACGACAUGACCUCCGCUGUCAGCGGUCACAUUACUCCAAAAGGAUUUCCAUCAUACACUAAUUUAAAACCUGUCCGUAGUUCCAGUCAAAAUCAAUACAAAAAGAAACCCUUACAAUUACCUCUGCCCGAUGACAGUCUACAUGUCGAAUGCAAAAAUGAAUUACCUCUCCAAAAUAUUUCUCCCCAACGUUUGUCAACAGUCGUAAUGUGCAACAAUAUCCCAAACACCAACUCGAAAACUCCUAUCCAGCCAAAAUACACUUUGGCACCACUAAACCUGCUCUCUAAGUUGUCACAAAAGAAACAAGCGAUUCUUAUCGAACAACUUUUUCGUGACAUAAAAAAUUUUGAAUCGCACUACGACACGAAAAUGGAUUCCUUUAUAUUUUAA